AUGUAUGAGUUUGCUUUUACUGCAGACAUUGCUAAAAUGUAUAGACAGGUGUGGGUAUCUGAGGAAGACCAAAACUAUCUGCUCAUACUAUGGAGAAACAGUUCAAAGUCUCAAAUGCAGGAAUUUAAAUUGCGUACUUUAACAUACGGAACUGCAUCGGCCCCAUUUUUGGCAACCAGAGUGCUGCAACAAAUAGAAAUGAACUGCGAAACAGAAAAUCCACUUCUUUCGAAAGUUAUUUUAAAUGACUUUUACAUGGAUGAUUUGUUAUCGGGUGUAAAUAAUAUAAGUGAAGGUAUUAAAAUUUGUUCUGAGCUGUCUGAAUUACUAGGUUCACAUAGUUUUCAUCUCAGAAAAUGGAGAUCAAACGCGGAAGAAAUUUUGAAUCACAUUGAGUCUGAUUCGAGAAAUUUAGCAGAGGUUCGAAUUCUGCCAAGUAAGGAAUCAAAAGUUUUAGGACUUUAUUGGGACUCGAAUUUGGAUUGCUUCACGUUUAAAAUUGCCUUUCGUGAAGAGCAUUCAGUAACAAAAAGACACAUUCUCUCAGAAUCUGCAAAGAUAUUUGAUCCAUUAGGACUUUUAUCUCCUUGUACUGUAAUAAUUAAAAUAUUUUAUCAAAAAUUGUGGUGGUUAAAUACGCAUAAACUAAUUCAAAUUCAUGGGUUUUCCGAUGCGUCGGAAUUAGCGUAUGCGGCUGCAAUAUAUACGGUGCAAACCACAGCAGACGGUUCAAGAAAAUCCAGUUUGAUGGUUGCAAAAACAAAAGUUUGUCCUAUUAAACAAAUUUCAAUCCCACGUUUGGAAUUGAAUGCUGCAAGAUUAUUAGCGCGUCUUCUGCAGUCUGUUCAAGUUGCAUUGAGAGAUUUUGAAAUAGAAAUUUUUGCUUGGACUGAUUCUACAGUAGUUCUAGCGUGGUUAGCUAGCCAUCCCCGUAAAUGGAAACAGUUCGUAGCUAAUAGAACAUCUGAAAUUUUGGAAAUAAUUCCAUUCAAAAGUUUGGGCUACGUGAAAUCAAAAGAGAACCUGGCAGAUAUUGCCUCACGCGGACUAAAUGCUAAUUUGUUAAUUGAUUGCAAUUUGUGGUGGAACGGCCCACCUUGGCUACUCAAAGAUUCAAAGGAUUGGCCUGAAGCCAUUCAGGUGCAAGAAAACAAAAACACACUAGCGGAAAAAAAGCUUAAAGUAUUAAAUUGCAAUUUAUCAGAAAACAAAGAAUUUCUUUGA